GACCCGGAUGCACUAUCAACGUCCCCAACCGCUGUCUGUCACAUUUUAGCUUCGACUGUUUAAUCCUGAUUUUGUACGUUUUUUUCUCCACCUUGAAGUCGAAAAGUGCGCAACAUUUAUAGUUAAAAGUUGAGAAAUAAGUUGCCACCAUGUUCCUCACCCUCACCCUGCUGCGGAAAGGCAUCCCCGGGAAGCAGUGGAUCGGAAAGUAUCGCCGCCCACGAAAGGUUACAUGGCAGAUGAAGCGCAAUACGGUGAAGCAUCUGGAGCGUGAGGCCGAGAACGAAUACUGGAUCAGCCGGCCAUACUUGACUCCGGAGCAGGAGUACAAGCACGCUGCAGAGCGCAGGGCCCAGAACUGGCUCAAUAUCAAAGAGGCCAAAUUUGCCAAUUUUCCUGAGCACAAGAAUAUCACAGAUCACCUGAGUCAUCUCAAGAUCACCAAGAAUUGGUCGAGUUAACGUGAGCGGAGAAAUAAUGUGCAAAGACUGUCGCUACAAUGUGACUAUCACGUGUUUGUGUGUGCAAGGAAGCUCGGUUUCAUUGUGUCUAUUAAUGGGAAGCAGGACUUUGUGUGUCAGCUGAAAAGCUACCAUGAAAAGUUGUCAAACACAUCCACAAUUUUGACUCCAUCUGCCUCCACGAAACAAAUCUGUAAACUGGGUGUUUUUGGUUCUGCACAGGAAUAUAAUUGCUCCACAUUCAGUGCAGCUCAUCGGAUAAAAACAGCUUAACAUUCUACAUCUGAUUUUUUUGGUCCUUAUUUUAGCUCUCAUUAACAAAAUACACUUUCAAGUUGAGAAAACAGCCUCCCAACGGCCUCAAAAUCUCAAUAAUUAUAUGAACUUGCUGAAGUGUGUUGCAUGAGGGAAAUGUUGGAGGAAUUAUAUAAAUAGUCUGGGGAGGCUGGGGCAAAAUUAUGUAACUUUACAAAGGGUUAAUUCACUGUAAUAUAGCAGGAUGCAUUCUGCUGUUUUACAUUUUAGGGAUGUGACUGUCAGUAAGCCCAAUUUUGUGUCUUUGUGUCAAAUGUUUAAUCCCUUUGAAGUUAGAAAAUCCAGGAAGGAAUACAUUUUCCAAGGUUCAUGGAAAUGUGCUUGCUUCAUUAAUGGAUUCUUAUAAAAUGUAACAUUUUACCAUUUUUGGGAGCCCUGUGAUACUCUAAACUCUUAGUAAUGUUUUUGUUUGGCUAAAAUACACUGUGCUGAUGUUACAACAUAUUAGUCAGUGGUUAUCAGUGAAUUAUGCAGGAAUUUGACCCUCAUUUAAGUUUCCAUCCCCAAUCUGUUCACAUGCAAGAUACUGUGUUAAUGAAUUGUUUGCCAAAUUA